UAAUUUUUUUUGCAAUUUAUUUGCUGCUGUUUUUUGUAUUGUGCCCGUGAGAAUGCAGUUUGGAAGAAUCCCGUUAGCUGUGGCUCUGUUCAGCUGCUGCUGCGCAUUGCUCGUCAAUGCCGACGUCCCCACCGAUGCCAUCGCUAAGCAGGCCUCUGCCCCAUCCGCCACGCCUACCAAACUGAAGCGAGAUGCCGGCUUAAGCUUCGGCAGUGGCCUCUACCACGGCCCCUCGCACAAGUACCUGCCUCCCGGUCCAUCCCACUCCUCCUCCUACGACUCGGGCUUCGGGUACGCUUCGACUCUGCACGGAAAUGGGCUUUCGUCCAACAGCGGCUACGACUUCGGGCAUGCGGAUACCACUCUGGAGAGCUACGGAGGACACCAUUAUGGAGGACACUCCUCCCAUGGAAGGCCGCACUACAUCAGCAGCAGCAGCGGCAGUGGACACCACCAUCAGGGGCCCAAGGUAGAGACUUACAUUGUGCAGACGAGCGGUGGAUCUGCAUCCGGACAUGGCCAUAGCUACCACGGACACGGCCCAAGUCACGGUCACGGCUACGGAUACAGUCAUGGAUACGGACAGGGGCACGGGUCUGGAUCAGGAUCUGGCUCCGGCUCCGGACUGGGCUACAAGUACUCCUCCCACGGAUCCACUGGUGGAGGCGUUGGAGGAGGCUACCUGAAUCUUCUGGGAGGCCACAAGCCCAGCAGCACCUAUCUGGUAGCCGGUCCAGAGUACUCUCACAGCAGUCAUCACGGAGGAUCAGGAGCAGGAGCCCGUCCAAGCUACGCAAUCUCCUCCCAGCACUCUUCGGCUGGUCACGGCUUCAAUCACGGAUUCGGUCAUGGACUGAGCCAUGGACCCAGCCACGGGCAUUCUCUGGAGCACGUAUCCAACCACGGGCACGCCCUGGAGCACGCCUUGGAGCAGGGUCUGAGCCACGCCCUGAGCCUUAGCCAUGGAGGGGCGCAGCUUGGUGGCUAUCCCCAUCACGCCCCAUCAGCCCAUCCCGCACUGGAGCAUCAUCUGGGCGGAGAGGAGACCUCCGGCUACAGCUACGAUGCGCCCAGCAUUGGCUUUGGCAAAUCCCCGCCUCUGAGCAGCUACGGAGUUCCGCUGCUGCCCGGCUAUGAGCAUCAGCAACACCCACAGCACCCGCUGCCCGAUCAAGUGCAGGUCCAGGUGCUAGAAGAGCAGGAGCACAAGGCAGAGCAGGCAGCGGAGGAGCACCAGACGCCCGUUUAUGCGUUGGGCCACAAGGGUCUGGGCCACUUUAGCUACACAGCCAACAAGCCACAGGCCCUGCACACCGAUGUCCUGUCCAACAGCGGUGGCCACCAUCAUUCCAAUGAUAUUUCCUUGAACGAGCUGUCCAAGGCGCCCUUCAAGCCAAGCGCCUUCCUGGGGGCUAAGCACGAGCCCAGCUCCGGGUCUGGCUAUGACUAUGCCACGCCCAGCAAUCAGUAUCUGCAGCCCCCAACCUCGUCAGGAUACGACUACCAGGCCCCCCCGCCCCAGGUGCUGUACGGUGCACCAGGGCACUCGGGGGACUCGGCCACGCCCAUAUUCGAGCCAGAGGCCACCUACCUGCCGCCCGUGCCCACCCACGGAUAUCAUUAAAUUAUUAAACUACUUUUAAGAGCUUUAAG